AAUGGCUCCGUAGUCUUCUGGGACUUCUCCCCAAAGGUCUGCAGUCUCUGGUCAUCACCUGUACUAUGUCCGCAGUCUCUGGUCGUCUCCUGUACUGUGUCCUCAGUCUCUGGUCAUCUCCUGUACUAUGUCCGCAGUCUCUGGUCAUCUCCUGUACUAUGUCCGCAGUCUCUGGUCAUCUCCUGUACUAUGUCCACAGUCUCUGGUCAUCUCCUGUAGUAUGUCCGCAGUCUCUGGUCAUCUCCUGUAGUAUGUCCGCAGUCUCUAGUCAUCUCCUGUACUAUGUCUGCAGUCUCUGGUCAUCUCCUGUACUAUGUCUGCAGUCUCUGGUCAUCUCCUGUAGUAUGUCCGCAGUCUCUGGUCAUCUCCUGUAGUAUGUCUGCAGUCAGUCUCUGGUCAUCUCCUGUACUAUGUCUGCAGUCUCUGGUCAUCUCCUGUACUAUGUCUGCAGUCUCUGGUCAUCUCCUGUACUAUGUCUGCAGUCUCUGGUCAUCUCCUGUACUAUGUCUGCAGUCUCUCGUCAUCUCCUGUACUAUGUCUGCA